AUGGCAUCUGGAACCCUAGCUGUGGGGAUCUUCUUCUUAUUUCAGACUGUUCUAGGAAUGCUGGGGAACUCAGCCUUGAUUUGUUGUUUUAUCAUCACCGACUUCACAGGGAUCAGGGCGAAGCCCAUAGACCUGAUUGUGAAACAUCUGAGCUUUGCCAAUAUCAUGGUUAUUCUCUGCAAAGGAAUCCCUCAGACAAUGACUGCAUUUGGUCAGACAUAUUUUCUAGAUGACAUUUCAUGUAAACUUCUCUUUUAUUUGCAUAGAGUUGCCAGAGGAGUAUCCCUUGGCUCCACAUCCCUGUUGAGUAUCUUUCAGGCCAUUACUAUCAGCCCCUUUAAUUCCAAGUGGGUAUGGCUCAAGUUCAGAGCCCCCAAGUUCAUUGGUCCUUCCCUGGGCCUCUGCUGGUCCCUGUCUCUACUUGUAAAUAGCUUUGUUAUCAUGACAGUGACAGACAUGAGAGAUAAAGGAAACCUUACUGAAUUUAGACAAUUUGUAUACUGUUUAGUAGUAAAACUUUCCAAAGAAUCUUAUGUAAUUUAUCUGACUCUAUUGUUCUCCACUGAUUUCAUAUGUUUAGGACUCAUGAUGUGGGCCAGUGCCUCUGUGGUAUUUAUAUUGUACAAGCAUAGGCAGAAGGUCCAACAUAUCCACAGCUCCCCGUCUACUAAGUCAUUCUCUGAAAUCAAAGCCACACGAAGAAUUCUUUCUCUAGUUUACAGCUUUGUCAUCCUUUAUGGAACCUCUGUCACCUUAUUGAUAUAUUUUUCUUUCCAAGAUGAAACAGACACAGGGUUGGUCAAUGCCAAUGUGGCCAUGAGUGCAUGCUUCCCAGCACUCUGCCCCUUUCUACUCAUCAGUCACUGUAUUAAGAGUUUUCAGUCUUUGAGUACUUGA